AUGGGCCAGUCUCAGCUGGUGGGCCAACUCGCGGGCAGGCUGCUGGGUGCACCCUCCGAGCUGCCAGCCCUGGAGGAUGUGACCCAGAUCGCCCCGGGCGUCCUGCGCGUGCUGGGGCAGAACCCAGGACCCGCCACGCUGCAGGGGACCAACACCUACGUCGUGGGAACGGGCGCCCGACGGGCGUUAGUGGACACCUCCGACGGGAACGGCCGAUGGUGGAGAACCCUUAAGCGCGUGCUGGAGCAGCAGGGCGCGAGAGUGAGCGACAUCCUGCUGACCCACAGGCACUCCCCAGACAUCCGACGCCCCGAAGCGGCCUCCGGCCGCUUCGCGGCGCGCGCCGGCGGGAGCGCCGGCGGGCGGUGGCGGUGCGCGUGCUGCGGGCGCGACGGCGAGGUGCCCGCCGACAGCCUCGACCUGCGGGAGGGGUCGGCGGUGCGGGUCGGGGGCGCGUCGCUGAGGGCGAUGCUGACCCCGGGGCACUCGUCGGACAGCGCGUGCUUCUCCCUGGAGGUGGGCGAGGAGGCUGCCGCGAUCCUCACCGGGGACACGCUGCUCGGCGGAACCUCCGCGGUCUUUGACGACCUGCGCGCCUACCGGACGUCUCUGCAGAGGCUGCGAGGCUGCGUCCGGGAGCGCCCAGGCGGGGCGCUGCUGCUGCCGGGGCACGGGGCCGCCGUGCCCGCCGGGAGUGCGGGCGCCUACGUCUCCUCCGCCCUGGGCGCUCUGAGCCGCCGUGAGGUGGCGGUCCUCGAGGUAGAUUCCCACGCGGAUGAUGGCUGCAGAGCUUCGGACGUGUGCGACGAGCUCUACGGCGCCGUCGCGGGCUCGAUGGCGCUGGACAUGGUGCAGCAGCACCUGGCCUCCGAUCCCCUGGGAGCUGCCUCCUCCACAGGCCCGCGGGGGAUCGGGGCGGACGACCUCGUGGCGUGCGGCCGGGCCACGCGGGCGCCCGCGCGGCUGCUCGGGGGCGCGGUGUACCGGGCGGCGGCCUGAGGCCCUGGGCGGACCAGGGGCAGCGCCAGGGGCGGUGGAUUGGCUUUAUUGGCUCGGGGGGCGUCGAACGCUCUCGGCGGUGCCGCGGAGGGCUUGUCGUCUGGCGCGGGAGGCGCCCGUCGCGACCGCGCCGCGCAGAGGGGCGCGGGGCAGGUGCGCCGCUCGGCCUCUAGGCGGCCGCUGGAGCGCCGAGCCCGGGCCCGACAGCCUCAGUGGAACGCUUCGACCCCCAGUCUCAGAGGAGGAACCGGU